AUGAGUUUCAUUUUCCGCAGGACAAGAUCAGGAGAUAUAGAAAGCGGUUUUCCGGGAUUUAUUCCUGAACCAAGCCAAGUGCGUGUUCAUGUUGCAGGUCGGCCGGUGAACACCAAUUCAGUGGCUUUUCUUGUAACAGUUAUUUUGUUGUUCAUGAUACUAAAUUCAUAUCAGAUGUCAUAUAACUUAUUCCUAUGGCUUGUUCUUGGGGUCUUUUUGAUGGCCACAGGUUUUAGGAUGUAUGCAACUUGCCAGCAACUUCAGGCUCAUGUUUCCGCUGCUCGUGGCUUGCUAGGACAUACUGAGUUUCGGUUGCAUAUGCCACCAUCCAUAGCUUUUGCAACUAGAGGACGUUUAGAGGGUCUCAGAUUUCAACUUGCGCGUCUUGAAAGGGAAUUCGAUGACUUCGACUAUGAAAUUUUUCGAUUUCUGGAUUCUGUUAAUGGCUCGUACGCAGAAUCCCUGAGUGAGGAAGAAAUAAAUGCGCUUCCUGUUCAUCAGUACGAGAUUGCUGGACGGCAAGGUGAAAGUUCAACGGUACAACCUGCCCCCGUUGAACCUGAGCAAAUAAAGUCAGACACUGUUAAGCCGGAUGUAAUCGUGAAAAGCACAGAGGAUGGACUUACAUGUAGUGUUUGCUUGGAGCAAGUCGAUGUGGGAGAAAUUGUCCGUCGGUUGCCAUGCUUGCAUCAGUUUCAUGCUAAUUGCGUUGACCCAUGGCUUCGGAAACAGGGUACAUGCCCUUUGUGCAAGUUCAGAGCUGGGAUUAAAUGA